AUGCUAGAACUUUGCCUUUGGCUAUUUUCCCUUCUCGUUCUUCCUCGCUUCGGGCUUCGAAACUUCGAAGUUCGCAUAAACGUCGCUCUUCGAGAACUACUCCUAACUAUCACAUGGGGAAGGCUCGCCAUACAUGUUUCUCUUCUCCGGCUGGUCGUCAAGUUCACCAUCAGGGAUACCAUCAUCAUCAAGCUAUCGAUGAAUAAAGCAAGCCUCAAGAGCCCACUGGCCGACGUCUUCGUGAGACCCACGGCACAUGGCGCAAAUGGCGUCGUGGUCAACGUCCCGAACUUUCUCCUCUACAACUUCAAACUCGCUCCGCCGAUGAAGACGCCGUGCGAAGGACCUCUUCCCCCUACUCCUGUUCUCGCGAUGUCUACCCUGUAUGCCAUUCUCCGCCUUAUGGCACUAAGAAUCAACCUCGACGUCGGAGCAAGUACGAUGGACGGCAUUACUGGGGUCAUACGUGCCCACGUGGACAUCAGGGGUGGUUUUGUUGUCUACGGGGUGGACGUUGGCCUUGCACUGAGCAUCAACCUCAGACCUAGGGACGAUCCGGGGAGAUAUCCCCUCCCUAAGUUGGCCGGGGCUUGA